GGAUUUUUGUAGUUUAACACUGUAUAAGAUAAAAGUGAAUUUUCUCGAAAUAACAGUACUUGUUCAUUUCAUUUUUCAUGUAUUAGGGUAAAAGACUAGCCUGACCGGUCCUUCCAUUGAAUGAAUCAUGAAUUAAAAAUAUUCCUUUUGUCUAAUAGUACAAAGUAUGUGUAAUACAUAAUAGUAUGUAGUGGAAAAUGAAGAUUAGAUAAACCCCGAUUCACCAUUGGAUCAACCAACCAAAUAAAUACUUUUGUUUACAACCACGUUGUGAUUUUUAUCAUUUGGUUUAUCAAUUUAAAAGACAUCUAUGUAGUAGAGUAGUAUUUAAAAUGUGUUAGGGGCUCUUAUAGACAAAAGUCAUCUUAUAAAGUGGGAAUUUCUUUACUUCUUUAAAUAUAACAUUGGUUGGUGGCAGCUUGCGGUUUAACUCACAAAGACAAUUAAGUUUCAGAAAGUGCAAAGUCUCAUCAGCUAUUUAAAAAAAAGUAUUGCAUCUAGUUACACUGCUGAACAAAUUUUUAGCCUAGCUCACAGUAGGUUGAUAUUAUUAACUGGAGCACUUGCAUGAUGUUAUCAAUAUUUUAUAUAUCUCUUUAAAUGGGUGAUAUGCUAUCUUAAUUCGCUCUAGAACAUCAUUACCUAAACGGUCCUUGAUGAACCAAUUUAAUCAAAAGAGGAUGCCAGAAAGUCUGAGAUCGUUUUAUAAGACCCUCAAUCGAACAGAUUCAAUGGUAUCUUUAUGCCAUCGAGCCUUCAUAACAUUUAUUAGUGAGGAUGAUGUCCAAGGACUGUUGAACUACCUGGACAAUAAAAAAAUCAACAUCGAUGACAAAGAUGAAAAUGGAGCUACGGCUUUACAUUAUGCGGCGGCGAAAGGGAAGGUCAACUUUGUUCGUAUUCUUUUAAACCACAAUGCCGAAGUCAAUGCUGAAGACCAGGACAAUUGGACUGCGUUGUUGUGUGCAGCAAAAGAGGGCCAUUAUGAUGUUUGUCAAGAAUUGGUUGAAAGGGAUGCCGAUAAAGAACAUAGGGACAUGGGAGGAUGGACUGCACUUAUGUGGGCGGCAUACAAAGGCCAUACGAACAUUGCACUUCUCCUCAUUGAAAAAGGAGCUGAUGUCAAUGCUCAUGGAAACUACCACAUCUCAUCCCUUUUAUGGGCUGCCGGGAGGGGGCAUGCUUUAAUCACCAAAGCCUUGUUGGAACAUGGGGCAAAGGUCAAUGUGGGAGACAAAUAUGGCACUUCUGCACUCAUCUGGGCAGCUCGUAAAGGAAAUAAAGAAAUUGUUGAUAAUUUGUUGAAAGCAGGUGCCAACGUCGAUACAGCUGGAAUGUAUUCUUGGACUCCUCUUCUUGUGGCAACAAUGGGGAACCAUAUCGACGUAGUCAUGCUACUACUUGAUUGUAAACCAAAUGUCAAUGCUAUCGACAAAGAUGGUUGUACAGCAUUGACCAUUGCAUGUAAAGAAGGCUAUACAGAAAUAGCGGCUGCUUUGUUAAACGCUGGAGCUUAUAUUAACAUUCAGGAUCGAAGUGGUGAUACAAAUCUUAUCCAUGCUGUUAAAGGUGGUCAUAGGAAUAUUAUAGAUAUAUUGCUUAAGAAGUAUGCUGAUGUUGACAUUCCAGGAAAGGAAAGAAAAACUGCAACAUAUACUGCGGUAGAGAAAGGAAACAUUCCUAUAUUGAAAAUGUUAUUAUCCUCUAAUCCAGAUUUAGAAAUAGCUACCAAAGAUCAUGACACUCCAUUAUUAAAAGCUGUAAGGUUGCGAAAUGCUGAUGCUGUCCAUUUGCUCCUUGAAAGAAAAGCCAAAGUGUCUGCAUCCGACAAAUGGGGUGACACCCCUUUGCACAUUGCGAUGAGAGCUAGAUCGAAAGCGAUUGUUGAAAUACUCCUCAGAAAUCCCAAAAACAGUCAGCUGCUCUACAGGCCGAACAGAGCUGGCGAGACACCAUACAACAUCGACAUGAACAACCCAAAGACUAUACUAAGUCAAAUUUUUGGAGCCAGAAGACUAAAUACUAAUGAGGACAACGAGAACUUGCUUGGGUAUGAUUUGUACAGCAGUGCACUUGCGGACAUGUUAAGCGAGCCUUCGCUCUCUAUGCCAAUUACUGUUGGUUUAUUCGCUAAAUGGGGUAGUGGAAAGUCAUUUUUACUCAACAAACUAAGAGAGGAGAUGAAAAAUUUUGCAAGACAGUGGAUGGAGCCUAUAAUUCAUUUCUCUUGGCUUCUUCUAGUCAUUCUAGGCCAUAUUUCAGUAAUUGUAGGCCUUGUUUUGGGUUUGGUCACAUAUUCUUGGAUCACUGGCAUAUCAGUGGCUACUGGGCUUAUAAUUUUUUCUUACACUCUCCUUGUUCUACUGUGGUACUCUAGUCAAAGAUAUAAUUGGGAUUUUCCUUAUAACUUGAGCGUAGCCCUUACUCAAAAGAUGAACACUUUACGUGUUAUUUUUCAAGUCAUAUUUUGCCAUCCUCCUGGCGGACAAUGGAGUGAUUCUAUUACUGCACUUCCAAUAAGGUUUUAUUUCACCGACCAUGCUCGAGUUGGUAGUAGUGUAGAUGGUGAAAACUGUGUUGUUCAAAUGAUUGGUUCCUUGUUUGAUGCUAUAGAAACAGACUUCGGGACAUUUUCAACACGUCUUUAUCGAGCAUUUAGACCAAAACCAGUGAAAUCUACUAGGAGUUGGAAAUGGCGUCGUCUUUGUUGCAUUCCAAAUAUUUUCCUUUUAGAGAUUUGCUUUGCCUGUUUUAUUAUAAUAGCCGGUUUCCUUUCUGUUUAUCUUAUGGAAAUUACUCUUCCAGAAGCACGUGUAUCAGUGGAUAGGAUGACAGUUCAUGUGAUUAUAGCGCUUUGUGGUGGACUUGUUCUAGUCGCAAUUAUCGCCAACGCAUACACAAUCGGACAAGUGUUAGCGUCGUUAAUGUUUUCACAAAGAAGGUGCCUCCAGAGAUCCAUUGCAAGGUUGGACACAAUUAAAUCAGAAGGAUUUCUUCAAACUCUCCGCUCUGAAGUUUGCCUCAUGACUGACAUGGUGAAAUGCCUCGAUGCGUUUACUCAACAGCAAACCCGCUUGGUCGUGAUUGUGGACGGAUUGGACAGUUGUGAACAAGAAAAGGUUCUACUGAUACUCGACUCGGUUCAUGCCCUCUUCUCAGAAGCAAAUUCGCCUUUCAUUAUUAUUCUUGCUAUUGACCCACACAUAAUUUCAAAGGCAGUCGAGGUAAACAGCAGAAUAUUACUGAACGAAACCAACAUAGGCGGUCAUGAUUAUUUGCACAACAUGGUACACUUGCCUUUCUUCCUUCAGAAUUCUGGCUUGAGAAAAGUCAAGAUUGCUCAGAAAUCGUCAAUUUCAAACAAAAAGUCCAAUCUGACUACACAAGCUUUGGAAGGUUCAAUGUCAGAAAUUGCACUCGCAGCAUCAGGCCCGGGGAGGAGAAGCAGCAAUGAAGUAACAAGCGCCAGUAGCGAAAAACAGUUGAAAAUCCCUGGGAAGAGGUCUGGCUCACGGAAAAUGAAACUGAGCGAAAGCAUCGCAUCCAGCAUUGGUUCAAACCUCAAUCGGGCAGGAGGACCGCACGACCUCACCAAGAUGCUGCUCACCGAUGAUUACUUCAGUGAUGUAAAUCCCAGAAGUAUGCGAAGACUUAUGAAUGUCAUAUACAUAACUGGGCGUUUAUUAAAAGCUUUUCAAAUCGACUUUAACUGGUACCAUUUGGCAAGCUGGAUCAAUAUCACAGAACAAUGGCCUUAUCGUACAUCAUGGAUCAUUUUCUUUCACGAAACUGCUGAUGAAGCCAUUGAUGAUUCAGUUUCUUUAAAAACUAUUUAUGAUAAGGUCAGGCAUCAGAUCCCAUCAUCAAAAGAAAUCGAGCCUUUGAUAGAACUUGAUCGGGAUGAAAGAAAACUCGAUGUUUUUCUCACAUUCCAUCGAACAACUCUACUUGUCAGUGAUUUGAGAGUGUUUCUCCCUUUCACCAUUAAUUUAGACCCGUACAUCAAAAAAGUAAUCAAAGAUGACAUUCAAAAUAUGGAAGAAACUAUUGCAAUUGGAAACUUUUCUAUGCAGCAUAGGCCUCCUCAUACCUGGGAAGCAUGGAAUGUUCCACAGCCAAAUUCGCUACGCAAACAGCGGUCGUUACUAAGGCAAGAUACAGUUGGUGGUAUAAACUCAGCAAACCCAAUAAUGUUCCCCACGACGAUUGCUAGCCAUUGGGGACAUCCUCUUCAGCCUAAUGCACAGUGGGGAAUGAUGAACCGAGCUAGUCCUGUUCCCAAUCUGUUACCCUUGCCUCCUGAGUUGUCAGAUAUCAAACUGUCUAAUCUUAGUGUUGUCGGAGUGAGCCAGUUGUUAAUAAAGUUGCCAGAUAUUCAACAAGAACAAGUGGACAAUUACAUUUCUACUGUACAGACUAACAACAUUAAUGGGAAAGUCCUAGCUCACUGUGAUAUAUCUGAACUCAAGAAGGUUAUGAACAUGAGUUUUGGUGAUUGGGAACUGUUUCGCAUGGUGAUAGCUAGACUGAAACAAAAAGAGGAAAACUCUUUGGGCAAUGUUAUUAACUCCCCACCAUUAAAAUACAAGAGUAAAUCGUCUGGUCAGAACCCAUCAAGUAGUACACAAUCAAACAGCCACAGUAGUAAUGCAAGAUCUCAAGAUGAAAGGGAUAGCAGACUGAGCAAAUCUCAAGCAUCGACAAUGGAAAAACAGGUGUCCCUCGAGGAGCAGAUGAUCUGCGGAGCACUUCAAACUCUGAGCGAGGAAGCCUGUGAAGAUGUCCUCGAAGAAAAGGUCGAAGAUAUCGAAGCAUCAGGUGAUCUCAUGACCUUUCAGAGGAUAGGAAGGACAAUAAGCCAGUGUAGUUUUUACAGUAGCACAGCACCUGAUGAGACAGAUAUCGUUCUUUUUCAGAACGCUCCAUUACAGUCCAACUGGUCAUCUGUCGCCUGCGAUUAUCAUAGUUCUUGUAGCUCAGGGGCCAAUACCCCUGUUGUUUCUAGAAGAAGUGUAGAAGAGCAAGAUUAUCAGAAUGGUGAAAUCCAACUGAGGUGUAAGAUUUCCAGACCUACGUCUCUGUUUGUCUCCGAUGGCAAAAAUUCGCCAUCGAAUAGUAAUCUGUCUUUAGAUGGUCAAACGCAGGCCGACACCAUUAUCUGUGUCUUUCAUGAAGGAGGCGACGAAGUUGUAGAUGACGAUGAGAGCACUCCAUUGGUAAGUACAUCCCCAAGCCCGGGGACACCGAUCGGCACGACCCCAGUCAUACCAACUGCCCCAGUUAUAAUCACAACUUCUUCGGAAUCUCUACACCAACGGAAUCGGAGACAUUCUCCUAUCACAAAGCAGACUUCUUGUGAUCCUGAAACCACGGUUUGAUCUUUUUUUACGUGUUGUUAUUUACAAUUUGCUCUAUUGCACAAGCCCCAAUGUUUAGAGCAUUUGAUUGAAAACCUAACAGUAUUAUUUUCAAUUAUUUUUAAUGGGGGUCCAUUUAAUCAGUUAUAAGAAAACAGGAUUAUUUUUUUAAGUUAUGAAAAUCAUGGUUUUGUUAGUGGUCCAUGGUUCAUUUCAUCUUUUUUUUAAACACCUUAUUUAUAUAAAUUUGUUCCUUUAUUACUUAAAAAGCAAUUCUAUAGGCUUUAAUUAGUUAUAUGUUUUAGAAUCCUACAAUAUUAAUAAUUUAGGGUUUAGUUCCAAAUAAAUAAACUAUGAGAAAUAGAGUAGAAAUAACAAAAGUAAAAGAAAAUCUAAUUUUCCUACUCUCCGGUGAAUAUAUAGUUACGGAGUGAAAGUACCCAAAACUUAAAUUCUUGAAAUUUCAUUCCUUUUAUUAGUGAUAUUUAUGUAUUAAAUUUGAUUUCACUAUUUUUCACAUUUCUAGUUUUAAAAAGAUGAAUUGAAUGAAUUACACUUUAUAGAAGUUGUUCUUCCAUUUUAUGGGAAAAUACAUUUUUAAAAAAUCACCAAUGCACAUACCACAAUCAUCAAAAUAGUUCAAAAUUAGACUUAACUUAUAAGAAGAAAAUCAAAUAAAUUUAUUUUUUAUUGUUACUAUCCUUGUGUAAGUUUAUUGGUUUAAAAAGCAUUACCAAAUCAAACUAAUUUUACCUGCAUGGUUUACAGUAUUAAGGUGUGUGUUAAUUUGUGAUAUUACAUUAAUAUUUUUAAAUGUCCAUGUAAGCUAUUUUUUCCAAAGUUGUAAAACGUGUGUGAAAGUGUAAUUUUUUAAUCAAAGUUGUUUUUGUUAUAUACACUCCUUACGUUAUAAUUAUUGUUUACAGAACAUAAAUUUCACAAUGUAUAUCUGAAAAAUGUAAUAAAU